AGGCUUUGUUGUGAGCGUUUCUUUCUUCUCUCUUCGGUGGUGAUUUCCGUUGCGCUUGUGAAGAGCACUAAAGGGAGGCUGAUUAGUGGAUUUAUGUCGGCUGAGUUUGAUUUGGCUUCGAGUGGGGCUCAGUUGCAGCUCUGUUUUUCUUCUUCUUCAACAACUACUAUCUGUGCACGCUUGUUCUUCGCCGCUUUGUUGGCUGUUUCUUGCAUGAUUCUCUGCUUCUCUAGGCAGAGACUGAAUCUCGUGUUCCCGGCUGUUUCGAUGCGUUUGAGAUCAAAAAAGACUUGUUUCGGAUUUGAGUGUAUUGGAGGUUUCCAUAUGAAACAACGAUUUUUCUAUCUUUUCUUGUUUCUAAGAGGGGCUCAUACUUGAUUCUGCUUUGAGAGUCUGAGAGAUUUAGUUCACCCUUUUAUUCGCUUGAUUUUGUUUUCAUAGUUUGUCCACAGUUUUCCGGGUAUUUUGAGAGGGGGUUUAGUCAAGUUUUUACCCAGUUUGUUUACAGAUAAAUGUUGAACAAUCGAAAACAAACCAUGAAUCCAAGUAAAUCCUGCAAAAAAUCCCGGAAAACCGAGUCUAUCAUGACUGAAGAAGCCCAAAUGACUAGAAAAGUUCGAGUCAUCUUCCAUGAUCCUUAUGCGACUGAUUCGUCUUCGAGUGAAGGUGAAUCCGAUGAACAAGUUGCUAGAAAAGCCCCGAAGGGAAGGCGAUUUGUUCGUGAAAUCAGUGUUCCUGUUUUGGGUUUGGCACCACAAGCAAAACCCCUUGAAUCCGAGUCUUCUUCUCAAGACAGUAACUCUAAAACCCCUACCAGAAGGAAAAGGGUUAUGACCAAAGCCCUCGAAGUAAAAAAGUCUAAGGUUACUAAAACGAAGAAACAUGUUGGUGUUCGUCAGAGGAAGUGGGGUAAGUGGGCUGCUGAAAUCCGGCAUCCACUGAAGAAAACCAGGAUUUGGUUGGGUACUUACGACACUCUUGAAGAAGCAGCCAAGGCUUACGAAGCUAAAAAGCUUGAAUUCGAAUCUCUGGCCGUUGCAGCUGCUUCCGCUUCUUUUUCGUCUGUGAAAACCGAUGACCUUUCGUGCUCCGCCGCUGCUUCUCACAACACGACUCCCUCUACUUCCGAGGAGUCUGAGGGCGCUUUGUCGCAUACCUCUCCAUCGGUGCUCGAGGUGGAUACUUCUGCUUCGGUCUCGAACAACAAUGAUGAUUGCGGUGAUACCAACAAAGAAAUGUUUGAUGUGAACUUUGCCGAUAUACCAAUACCUGAUCUCUGUUUCAUCGACGAUUCAUUGCUUUCUGGUUCAGUUGACCAAGAACUCAACAUAGACACCGAGGCUGGUGAUUUUCUGUUUGUCAACGAUUUUGGAAUGAUGCUGGAGGAUUACUGCAGCAUUGAAGACCUAAGUAUUUGUGGUAUUGGAGCCGACGAACCCAGUGAGUUAGCUGAUUGUGAUUUCAGCACUGAUGACUCUCUUUUCGACGAAGUUGCCGCCCCCCUCAACAUAGCUUGCCUAUAAGUUUUGCAGUUAGAAGUCUAUAGUAUUAUAAGCGUUAUCUGUUAAUCUCUGGGACUCUCCAUGUGGGUUCUUAGAGAUAUGCUUUUUUGUUAGUGAGUUCGUUAAAAAACUGUGUUUUGUUGAGUUAUAAGUGAAAUGAGUCCGAGUCAUUCCCUUGGGUUUUCUUGUGCUGUAGAGCCGUCCUGAGGGAGUUAUCUAUCUGGUGAAGUGCUUGAUC